AUGAAGCCGACCGAGCGCCGUCGCACGCCGCCGAAAGCGACGGAGCGGCGGACGCCUGUGGCGAGGUUACCGCCGAGGGCGAAAAAAGCGCCGGCGGGGGCGCCGGCGCCGGCGGCGAGAAAAUGUUCGAAGACAACGACAAUGGUCAAGUCGAAGUCGCCGAGGCCUAAGGGCCUUGCGAAGGCAGUAGAUUCGAAGGCCAUGACGACGGUCAGGUCGAAGUCGCCGAGGCCUAAGGCCGUUGCGACGACAGCGGAUUCGAGGGCACCAGCGACGGUAAAGUCGUCGAAGUCGCCGCGGCCUAAGGGCCUUGCGAAGGCAGUAGAUUCGAAGGCCAUGACGACGGUCAGGUCGAAGUCGCCGAGGCCGAAGGGUAAGGGUGCUACGUCGAAGACGGUGGCCGGAGGAGAGAAAAGCGGCGGUGACCGUGUGGCCGGUGGGGGCGAUGGUGGCGUAGCCGGGGGAGUGAGUGGGAAAAGUCCCAGCAAGAAACGUCAAAGACCCAGGUUCUCUGCCUCCACUAGCACUGCCCCGGAGCAUGACGUCAGGGCACCAGCGACACCAGGGUCUCCAUGUAGCAAGCCCUCCAGAACGAUGGACGAGGUCGUCCCCCAGGUCCAGCAGAAGGUCUACAGUACCGGCGGUGGCGAGGAGGGGGACGGCCUGCCAUCCCUCGGCACAUGGGAGAAGACCGUACUCCAGCUGGAGAUCUUGAAAAAGAUCACCGGAAAGGACGAUGAAGAGCUAGAGUGGCUCAUCACGGCAACCCAGGGAAACGCGGUCCAAAUGAGCGAGAGGCGGAGGGAGACCGCGGAGACAGAGUACCACCGCCUUCUCUUCCAAGAAUCCAUGGUUCAGGCGGGCAUGGAGAUUCUCAAGGACCGCCGGCUUUCGGUGUCUCUCAAGGCCGUCGCCAAGAUGGGAGGAGACUUCGAACGCCUGACGAAUCCUCACGGACAGCUAGCCCAAGAGGUCGGUGGUAAGAUCCUCGGUCAGGCCGGCGGCGGCGAGGCCGAGGCGAAGUUGCGCCGCGUGGUCGAGGGCAUCUCCGCGGCGCAGGAGAAGGUCCUGCGGGUAGGCCACGCCCUGAUAGAUGAGGCCGAGAGCGGAACCAAGAAGGCCAUCGGGGCGUACAAGGGCGCACUCAAGACUGUCAUCGACAUCACGGCGAGGGUAGGCUGGGCCAGAGAGCUCAUCGCACCCACCCAGGCUGUGAACGGCCUCCAAGACUUGGAGGCUGCCACGAAGGCGAUGGCUGAGGGACUCAGCAAGACUAGGAGGGACUGCCAGACUGCUCUCGAAAGCAUGGAGCUAUGGAGGGAGAGGAAGGAGGCCCUGCCCGAGUAUAUCAAGCACGUGGCCAAAGAGGAGAAGGCCUGGUUCGAGAGAGAGGCCGCUGCCAACGAGAAGGCCCUGCGGUGCAUGCGGUCUCUCAUCCCGGUGGGCGUGACCGGGCUUACGGUGUCGGAGUUGGAGCAGCGCGCCGUCGAUGGGGGUUCACUGUAUCCGAGGGAUUUGUCCCUAAGGCUAAAGGAGAACCGGCUCCUCCACUGGACGGUGAUGCAUCCGGAAGACAUCGCGAGGAGCAACUUCCUGCAGGGGGCACACGCGCACUUCUUCACCAAUCUCGACAAGUACGACCUGGUGGAGAUGAGAGCGGUGAUGGCCUGCCUUCCGGCCAAGUUCGAGGUGGACGAUGACGGUCGCAAGACUGCCUGGAGGGCCGAGUUCGUGCAGAGGGCGAAGGGUCUCGUGGCUCAGGAGAGGGGCGACACAGUGAGCGGGGGCUGGGACCCCAAGAUCUCAGCCAGGCGGCAAGUUCGCCUUCCCGAGCUGAGCGCUGGGCAGGCCAGGAGGGAGGAGUACUUUUAUCCGACGGCGGAAAAGGUGCAGGGCACGGUGGACAAGCUCCGAGAGCGGCAGCGCAAGCUGAAGGCGAAGCAGGCCGACUUGGCCAAGGUGAGGGACAAGCUUCUCCCCGAGGCGAGAGAAGAGUACGACUACGUGCUCGAAGACACUCGCCACCCGGUCAACAGGGUCACGCGCACACCGGAGGAUCUCCGGAGUGCAAGAGAAGAGGCCAAGUCGGAGGUUACCAGGCUAUCGAAGGAUGCAAAACGCCUCGAGGGUGAGGUGGCGUCGGCGGCCCGCGCGCUGAGGGAGAGCCCGUCGACGGUGGAAGGUACGCUCAAGGAGGCGGCGGCAACACGGCGGCUGUUGGCCAAGCGCUCGAGGAAGCUCUCCUGCCUGUCCGCCAAGCAGCAUGCCAAGGAGGCAGUCACCUCCGCUACCGCUUCCCCGCCCGCCACGGCGCACGAAAAUGGUGGCCGGGUUGGGGCGGAAGCCGAAGCGGGAUCCACGGCGGAAGAGGACAAGAAGGAGGUGGUGGAAGGGGAGGAAGACGACGACGAGGGAGAGGAGUUGGAAGGCGAGGACGAGCAGAAGGAAGAGGAGGAGGAGGGGUUGGAGGAGUCGGAGGUGGAGGAGGGGUCGGUGGUUUUGGGAGCCUUUGACCCCAUCCCCGAGCUAAAGUCCAGGCUGAACGACAGGACAAACUCUCUCCGGUUCGUCACCGCGGACGAGGAGGCACAGAUCCGGAAGGAAGAGCUGGCGAUGGUCUUCUCCGGUCGGUCCAGCGGAUCAACAGCGGCCAGCGGGGUGUCGGAGGAAGACGGCGGCAGCAGCAACAACGGUGGUGAUGGUGAUGAUGACACAGGUGGGGAUGCGGAGGAGGGGGAAAAAACUUCGGCCGACGACGUGGGCAGCGAUUCCGGUCUAGGCGGUGGACGGGGAAGCGCCAUGGGCCGGGUCAAGUCCUUCGGGGCAAUCUUGGAGAGCACCCUGAGCAAGACCUUGGUUCCCGGCCCCCCGCCCUCCCGGUCUACCGGCCCGAUCAGGAGGGCCAGCAUGUCGGCGUUGCCCCCCCGGCCGGGGCGGGAGACCAGCGACAAGAAGAAGGCCGCUGUCAUCGCCAAGGAGACGCCGUGGGAGCCCAAGUCUAAGUACUUCCGCUCCCUGCAGUCCGCGGCCGCCGCCGGCGACGGCAACGGCAACGACAGCAGCGGCGGCUCUCGCUCUCCUACCGGCGGCCUGCCCCCGCCCCCGCCGGCACCGAUGUUGGGAAUGCUGUCGCAGAUCCGAGCCCGCGGCAACAACAACGGCGGCUCUCGCUCGACCGGCUGCCUGCCCCCCCCGCCGCCGCCCCCGCCCCCGCCGGCACCGAUGCUGGGAAUGCUGUCGGAGAUCCGGGCGCGCGGCGGCGGCAGCGCCCGCGGCGUCGGUGGCACCCAGAGCGGCGGUAGCCAAGCGCCGGCCGGCAUGGACGGUCUUCUGGCAGAGAUUCGAGCGAGGCGCCGCUGA